GACGGUCGCGUCCCUCUCGGUUUUGUGUGCGAGAAUGUGUGUGAAGCGCGCGAGUGUAUAAAAGUGUCUGUGUAUGUGUUAUACGCGCGUAUAUGAAGUCUUUCGCAAUAUCUGUCUCUUUGUUGAAAUCGUAAAAAAUUAAUAAAAUAUUAAAAGUUUUGUUUAAUAUAUGCAAUUAAAUUUUAAUAUUUUUUAUUAAAUAUUACAGUAAAAAUAAAAAUUCCAUCGCGAGUUUUGUGAAGCGAAUACCGACGCCGUCGGGAUGACGACAAAGGCUACUGUACGCUCUUAUCUCGUAAAGGUGGCCAGUAUUGCGGCGGUGGCGACGACUAAACGGUGGCCGGCCGCAUUAUGCCACCAUCCUCACUAAUAUUAUGGGACGCCGCGUAGCAAUCCGCACCGUGGUACGGCAUCGUCGCGUGCGGCAAGCGGAUCACCGCCGUCGUCGCGGACUUGUUGUUAUGGUCGAUUGUGCGGGUCAUCAGCCCGGCGACACGACAUGAUCUCUGGCGUCGACACGACGCUACAACGCAGAAUUGCUCUCGUUACAUUGUUCUCUUAUCCGGCACUUUAUCGUACUGCCAUUACACCGACACUUCCACCUUCACCACCGACACUACCACCGGCGCGUCCAUCAAGUUCAAAAAGCAGAAAUGCAGAUCCUUCGGCGAAACGGCCAGAUCGGUUGUGAUAGUGUGGUGGCGCCGGUUCCGGCGGUACAAUGCGCGCUGCCCGCACCGGCGGCGGUUCCGUUUGUGUCGUUUGGUCGGUGGUGCUUGCAGUGUUGGUCAUGACCGCAACCGGCGCCUCAUCGAAGAGCACCGCCGCAACAGCCUCAGCAGGCACAGCAGAUUCCGCCACGUCAGUCGUUACGGCAUCGCAAUCACCGACGACAAUUGUGUCCACGACUGCGACCACGAAAAUGGACAAGUAUAACGACAGCGGAGAGUGCGAACGCGUGCGAGUGUCUAUCCAGGCACCGGUGUGUACUGGACAAAUCAGCGAGGGUCCAGGCCCGCCUCGAUGUCCGGCUGCGUGUCCAAACCGUUCAGAUAAUAAUAAUAAUAAUGUUAAGAAUAUUAAUCGUCAGUGCCUUGAAUACGCGGACCGGGAUUUGGAGGAAAUGUGCCCGUCCAACCCAGAUGCGUACCGGCGGCCCGGUCGCCUAUCAAGAUACCGGCUCAGACAUUGUUGCCACCAUACGGUCGAGUCUGUGGUCCAACGGGCGUACAAUGAUAGCGAAUCAUGUGCCGCCCAAGUGGCCGAAGCUAUUCGCAUGGACAACAUUGCGGCCGAAAUGUCGUGUCAGUUUAACGAAGUGUUGACUAGGUACGAUUGUGGCCAAAAAUAUUCGUCCAUGUCAUGUCGAAUGUGCCAGGAGUCCUACGCGUUAUGGGCAUGUGCGGCCGUAUUACCACAUUGGACACCGCCUGAUGAACAACUAGACCGUCGGUUCAGGGUCAAGUCCUGUCGGUCACUGUGUCUGGAGACCGAACAGAAGUGUCCGUGGCUACUUCCGGUGGCCGAUGCUAACCCUUAUGCCGGAGAAGCUGCGUUCACUUGUACAGAUCCUGACAUUGGGUAUCAAAUGUCCGCUGUGGACAUAAAGGAAGACUGUUGCUACGAGUACUGCGAUGACGGGCUAUGCAUACGAAAUUCUUCCCUAUGCAUAGACGAUCGACCAGUCAACAGCUUCAUAAGAACCAGAUCAAUAGACCAGAGAAAAGUCUGCAUUCAAAGGGUUCAACAAGAAAUCGAAGGGUCCACGUGCAAAGACUACAGUCUGUCAGACUCUGGCGUUAUUCGUACCUCACCCACAAUAAUACUGCCAUUAUUUCUGGCACUACUAUUACCUCAGCUAGUCCCAACACAGCAAAUAUCUUUCCGGAUAGCACUUCCAGUGGUUACAUGACGAUGAUAAUGCAUAAAAUCGCAUCGAGGCGAAAAUGAACUAAAUAAAAACUAAAUAAAUAUCGAAAAACAUAAUCGAUUUUGCGAAUUCAACGUGAGCAUGUAUCUCGAGCUAGUUUGUUUUGAUCAAACGACAGAACGUGACGUUAACGUUUUGCUUUAUAUAUCUUUAUUGAAGAUACUAAAAUGAAAAUAACUGAUUGAUAGGUAUAAAGAAAAAGUCAAUUUGUACAAUUCAUUUAAACUUAAAAAAAGAACUGGUCGUCUAAGAGACACAAAGUCUUCGGAUCCUAAUAGAGGAAAAACACACACUAGUAAAUUACCAUUUGGUCAUCAUAAUUAUUUUUGUUGGCGCCAGAUUUCUUCUGGUUGGGACCAAUAAAUAAUUUUAAAAGAUUUGUGUUAUUAUUAUUAUUAUUCAUUCAUUCAUUUAUUUAUUUUAGUUUCUAACGCGUGUAAUCACAUAUUUUUUGAUUAUAAACCGGGUAUUGUUUACAAAACACACGUGAUAUUGCGUAUAAAGAUAUUGUAAUAAUAAUUCUUAAACAUCGAAAAAUUUAUAGUAAAGUUGAGACUGCAAUAAAAGUGUAACGUUAUCUGUCAGGUGUAUAACCGGAACUUGUUAUAAAAGAGGGAGUUAGGAAGUGGUUAUGCACGUUGAACGGAUGUAAAAAGCCAAUAGCCGGAUAUUGUUGAAUUAUUUAAUAGAUUUCAGUGUAAAAGAAUGAAGAAGCUUAUAAAUGACUGUACAGAGGGUUAACAAUCAAAAAUUCUGCUGGGAAUUAUCUCGUGAUUGCAAAAAAAACAGACAUUUGUAUUUCGAAAACAUACUACAUUGUAUUCAAAUAAUUUUUUAUAUAAAAGUGGACUUAGUCGUAUUUAUAAAUCACUCGUAAAAAAACUAUUCUUAUCAAAAUUAUGUUCAUAGGUAAAUGUUUAAUAUCAAAUAAUAUUAAUAUCGUUAGAUAUACGAAAAAAAAAAUUCUGAGUGAAUUAAGUAUAACUAUAGAUAAUAUUAAUUAAAAAAAACAUGAGUUCAAGUCAAUACAAUCCUUUAAAUUACAGUCAGAAUGAUAAUUAUGUUAAAUUAUAAUUCAAGAUUGAAUGUUUUAUAAAAAUAUCGUACGAAGUACAUUACUAGAACAGUUCUAGUAGUAUUAUUCACAGGAAUUGUUCUUUCAUGAAUUGAUUAAAGUUAUAUAUUGAAUGGAAAUAUGAAUAGAACAAGAAAAUUAAAAAUAUUACAAUACAAAAAAAUAAUUAUUGAUGUUUAAACUAUAAUUCGUUUUCUGGUGGCCUAAAGUUAUUAAUAAUAAUUAAGAUUUAAAAUUAUUUGUGUGACGCUGGAAGUAGUCAUAUUAUAAGGUGUGUGAUAAUAAAUGUGUAUUUAGCUUUUCUUUUAAAUUGUUAAGAUUAACGUUUUUAUGUUUUGUUUAUUAUUAUUGUUUUUUUUGAAUUAACUCCGAAUUAGGCCUUGAAAAUUUAUUAACAUUUGUAAACGAUUAUGCACAAACAUACAUAGAUCUAAGGAGUUUUUAAGUUUAAUAUUUAUUUAUUGUAAAUCGUUCCUGUUAGAAUUAAAAAAAUCUAUGAAUUGAAUUUAAUUCAUUGUGGUUUAUGUAAAUACUUUCUAAUCUUUGAUAGGUGUAGCAUAAAACAUUGUAAUUAACAAAUAAAAAUUAGUAGAGUUGAUUACUAUAAAUUGACUGGACUAGGUAAUCAUGGUUUCCAAUAAAAAAAGAAGAUAAAUAUAUAUUGAUGGCUAUAUAUAAAUAUAUUAUACAGACUAGCUUUAUUUGUAGGUAGUUCCGUCCAUAAAUUAUUAUAUUUAUAGUUAACGAACAGCGUAUCAUACUAUAGCGGCCUACAAAAUUACUAAAUAUAACUUGACAAUUUAUUUGUUGAUUAAUUUGCAUUAUUUUUGUGUACCUUUCAUUAUAAUUCAUUUAUUUCGUGCCAAUUAUUAAAGUCUUAUUUAAGUCAUUAUUCAUAGAAAAAUGCUCAAUAUACUAUUGUAAUAAUUGAUAAAACUAGAUAAAAAAAAAUGUAUUGUUAUUUCUAUACUGUAAGUCUAAUAUUUUGUGAAAAUAUCUGUAUUAAAAUUAAUUUCUACUUUUUGAUUUUAAAUUUUAAAUUAAUUACUUUUUGGAAAGUGUUCAUUCUUUGAUAUCUUACCAGGAAGCUUUUCGAGUAAGAUCUCAUUAAAAAAAAAACAGAGAUAAAAGCAAAAUUAUAAAAAAAUAAAAACUAUAAUAAAUUUAAAUGUAUUAUGUAAUAUAGUGUUCGGAUACUUAUUGCAAUAUUUAUAAAUAAGACAAAAAUUAAGACGAGACUAUUUACUUAAAAAAUUAUAAUUAUCUGAGAAUUUUGUUAUAAAUAAUUGUACAAGUUAAAAAACCGUAUACUGAAAUAUUCACUUUCUCUAGUGAAAUUUUCUUAUUUUGUUAUUUUCAUUCUUUAUUUAAGUAAAUGUGUAAAAUUUAACUAAAGACAGUUAAUAUAUACAUAAUAACCAUUUAUUAUGAGAAAAAUAAAACGACUUUUAAAAACGUAUCAUGUAUAAAUAAAAAUAUUAUUCAAUAAUUGUCUUUAUUUGUCAGAACACUAUGGUACCAACACGAAUCUAUAUAAAAUAAUUAUUGCAUACAUACAAUUUACUUAACAUCAAGUAUCAAAUAAAUUAGAUAAAGACAGAAAAAAUAAUUACGUUUACAAACCGUCGAAAUACCUGUGAAUAAAAAAAAAGUAUGUUGGUUUUGAGAAGACGUUCUUUAUUUUACUUACAUAUUAACGUGUACAUAGCCAUACAAUUAUAUUUAAUAAAAUCAUAAUUAUUUGUUCUCUUUUUUUGUUCUUAAAUCAUUUAAAUUUUUGUUAAUGUAAUAAAAUAAAUUUUUAAAAUGUUUUAUAGCUUUGUUAGGUAAGUUAUAAUGAUUACCAACUAUUAUGAGUUAAUUUAAAAUUUUACUGCGUGCUCUGUAGAUGAAAAGUUUUAAGGUAUUUUUACACCACUUGAGUAGAGACCAAGGAUUAACCAUUCCAUAGAGGUCGAUUAAUUUAUUAGUAUUAAUGAUGAAACAUUAUUUUAUAUAAUAAUUAUAAUAAUACUAACAAUAACAAUAAUAAUGUAGUUACCUAUAAAUUGACUCUAUGCUUACUGUUAUUGAGUACUAAACCUACACUAAACAUCA